CACUCUACCGGUGCCUGUUUACAAGGCUGCCUCCCUCUGUGUGUGAGCUCCCUGAGGGCUGGACAAUGUGGAUGUGUCUCUGGAGCUCUCGUACAAUCCAGGAGGCCGGUGUGGAGGAGGCACUCAGAGACCAGAUGAACCGAUGGCUUCCAAGCAGUUUAAUAAUGAGGUCCUGAAGGCCCACAACGAGUACCGGCGGCAGCACGGCGUCCCCCCACUGAAGCUCUGCAAGAAGCUUAACCAGGAGGCUCAGCAGUAUUCGGAGGCCCUGGCCAGCACGAGGAUCCUCAAGCACAGCCCGGAGUCCAGUCGUGGCCAGUGUGGAGAGAACCUGGCAUGGGCCUCCUACGAUCAGACAGGAAAGGAGGUGGCUGAUCGAUGGUACAGUGAAAUCAAGAACUACAACUUCCAGCAGCCUGGCUUCACCUCUGGGACUGGACACUUCACAGCGAUGGUGUGGAAGAAUACGAAGAAGAUGGGAGUGGGGAAGGCAUCCGCAAGCGAUGGGUCUUCCUUCGUGGUGGCCCGAUACUUCCCUGCAGGGAAUGUCGUCAACCAGGGCUUCUUUGAAGAAAAUGUCCUGCCUCCAAGGAAGUAAUUCAUUAAAUGGAAUGGGAACGUGGCCGACUUAACAUGGAUACGAAGUGCCUAGAACAACAAAAACUCAGCUGCAUGUCUGUCCCUGUGGGUGUAUGUGCUUGUGUGGGGGAUGCUUUUGAGUGUCUCUUGCACACACACUUGGAUAUACAGUUCUGUACGAACUUAUUCUUAUCAAAAGGAAUGAGCCUAUUGAAAGCCUUUACCCUGAUGGUUACUUAGACCACAAUUAUUUGGACUUAAGGGGAAAACGAAAAAUCAAUUUUAAAACUUUUUUUUUUCCUAAGCAAACUUCUUUUGUACAUUUCUUAUAAUAUCCAUCCCUGGUCUUUUUCUAAUUCCAAAUGUUUGUGAUGCUUCAAGGUGAAGUUCAUUUUAUGUGAUCUUCAUGCAUUGUAAUCUACUUCUGGUAGAUAUUUAAGAUUAUUAAACCCUCAUCUAAAUGUAACAUAAAACCUCUUUAAACACAUAAAUAUAAAGCAACUUCCACUGGAAACAUGGGACAGGCAGGAACUGCCUUUCACAGAAUGAUCGAGAUUUCUCAGUUUUAAGACAUGAUGUCAUCUGCAUGCCUCCUGGAAUUCUCUGAUGGGAAUGCCAAAGAACAAAUGGAGAGAAAA